AUGUCAACUGUGGGAAAUAUACCAUCACCUUCCUUCUGUUCCAAAUUUAAAUAUUAUAUUGUCGUAGAUGGAAGUCCCCUUUACAUAAAUGCUGUUUUCUUGGGAUAUAUUAUCGGUGUCGUAAUAAUUACUGCAGGAUUCUAUGAAUUGUAUCGAUUAUAUACAUAUAUCGUUGGUAAAUGUCAAGUCAAAUCUAUUGAUAUGAAAUUUAGAGAUUCGAAACUCCAUCCACGUUGGAAUAUUACGUCAACCUAUGAAAAUAAAACGAUAAAUUACUCUCUCAUUGCAGCGGAUGGCUUCUCCUAUAAAGAUAGUGCAUGGAGUCAUGCACAAAAAUAUCAGAUCAAUCAUACUUAUCCAUGUUAUCGGUCGAAAAAUGAUGCCCUUCUCGCAUGGACUUGGCAGUGGAAGCUACCAUCAAAGUUCAAGGUCUAUGGUAAUAUAUAUGGUGGAGUUUUAUUGCUGAUGAUAACAACAAUAUUAAUCUUGUGGAGACGAAGAUACCGAAAAAUACAACAAGAACAAGAGGCAGAAGCAGCCGCCAGCAAUUUCGACCGACAACAAGAAUUGCAAUCAAUGAAUUAUGCCGAAACUCCACCACCAGCCUAUAAUGAAGUAAUGCAAACAAUGAUCUGA